GUGGAAGACAUCGCGACGCCGUGUAGUGGGGCUGUAAAGAUAUCAUGGCCAAGUCACAGCGAUAUAAAUGGCCUUGUGUCGUGUUAAUAUGAGAUAAGAAUCAAGAGUAACAACUACUCUACCUUAAUCCAAUCACUCAAACUCUCAGCCGCAAGAACAAUUAUUGCCAUGUCUCCACCUGAAGAACAUCAUGGCCUCAAGUCCAAAUGGCCCCAAGCCUUCGAUCUCGCCGGUUCCAACUCUCCCUGCCGAAUCGAAGGAGAAAUCAGUGAUCUCGUGGUACUCGGUGAGAUCCCAUCUGCUAUUGACGGAACCUUCUAUCGAGUCAUGUGUGAUCCUUUCGUCCCUCCUCAUCCCGACAACGUUCCUCUUGAUGGCGAUGGUCACGUCUCUGCUUUCAGGAUCCACAACGGUCGAGUUGAUAUGAAGAUCAAGUAUGUGGAGACAGAACGAUACAAGCUUGAAAGAAAAGCCGGGAAAGCUCUGUUUGGCCUCUACAGAAAUCCCUUUACGCAUCAUCCCUGCGUCAGAGCAGCCGUGGACUCAACUGCCAACACAAACAUGGUCUACUGGGCAAAUCGUCUACUCGCACUCAAAGAAUCUGCGCUUCCUUAUGAGAUGCACCCUGACACUCUCGAGACUCUCUGCUACGAUCCUUUUGGAGAUCAGAUCAAGGCAAAGGCUUUCACAGCUCAUCCGAAAAUUGACCCAUUUUCUGACGAACUCGUUGUAUAUGGGUACGAGGCCAAAGGUCUAGCGACCAGAGAUAUAGUCAUUUAUGCUCUCGACAAGAACGGCAUCAAACAUGAUGAGCAAUGGAUUGAAUCCCCCUGGUGCGCUCCCAUCCAUGAUUGCGUCAUAACACCCAAUUUCAUUGUUCUCAUACUUUGGCCUUUCGAAGCCAAUGUGGAGCGAAUGAAAGCAGGCAAGCAGCAUUGGGCUUGGGACUACAAUCUGCCAGCCACGUUCAUCGUAAUUCCUCGUCGGAAGACCUCCAAGAUUCCAUCCUCAUGGAAGCAGGGAGAGCACCGAGUCUAUCAUUGGAAGAAUUGUAUGAAUAUCCAUGCAGGUGGCGCUUGGGAGGAAGAUAACGCGAAGCUGUAUCUCGAGUCAUCGAGAGUCCAUGAUAACGCUUUUCCAUUCUUUCCACCUGAUGACGGAAGAAUGCCGGCUCCAGACGCCAAAGCUGACUUUGUCCGUUGGGAGAUUGACCUCAAUGCCCCAAGUGGAACCCAGAUGGUAGACCCAGAGAUUAUCCUCGACGUCCCAUCCGAGUUUCCACGAAUGGACGAGCGUUUCAUGACGAAGAGAAAUGAGUAUAUCUUCUUGAAUGUCUUUAUCCCCGAAACCUCCCAGGGCGGCACAAACAUCUUCCACGGACUCAAUGGAUUGGCUAUGCAUAGUCACAGCACUGGCGAAACUAAAUGGUUCUUUGCAGGCAAGGAUUCUCUCGUUCAGGAACCAAUCUUUAUACCCCGUACGCCUGAUGCGCCCGAGGGCGACGGAUGGAUUAUUGCUAUGCUGGAAAGACGUGUUGCUAAUCGGAGUGAGCUUGUCGUUCUCGAUACCAGAGAGUUUGAGAAACCUGUUGCUUUCAUACAGCUUCCUAUGCAUGUCAAGACUCAGGUACAUGGGAACUGGAUCGACAGCAGGACGCGCACAUCUACAGAGGAAAUUGUAAGGCAGAUUGGUCAAGUCAAGAUCAGUGGAAGAGGAGCUCUGGAGCCAUUGGCAUGAGUGCCCUGGCGAGAAAUCACUUUUAGUCAUCAUAUCCGUCCGUCCUUAGCUAUGGGAAUUAUGAGAUUGUAUCGUAUGAGAUGUAUUUGUUAUAACGAGUGUCUAGCCAUUUAGAAAUUUUCAGAUCUCAAGUUGUUGUUAAGAACAUA